GCGCUUCCGGUUUGUAGUUCAAAUGAUGCAUUAGUGAGGGAAAUUCGAUUCGAGCACUUGGAGCAAUGGGUGAGGAGCGACUCGGAAAAGCAGGAGCAGUAAAUACAAUGAUGUCUCUUAUUACAAAACCCGACGCUGUAACCCACACUCAACAGUGUGACGGACAGACCAAAGAAACCGACAAAGGUUUACUGCUUGGACACAUGACCGAACAGCAGGCGUCUGACUACAGACAAGAGACUGUACAGCAGCCUGAACUGUGUGAUGACGACGAUGAGGAAAUCAUGAGGAGAGCCAGAGAAGAGGGCCGUGUAGACGUGCUGUUUCCAGGUUGUGUGACACAGGAUGCUUGUUGCAGAUUCGUCUGUGAGCUCCUUAAGUGUGUCCUGUACCAGAGACAACAGCUGCCCAUGACCUAUGACCAGAUGGUCUUCUUUCAAAAGCAGCAGCUUGCAACCACACAGCUGGAAGAAGGAGCAGUUAGGAAAUCCAUCAAGCCAUCAGGAGACACAAAUUGGCAGCGGUGCCAGCGGACACUAAAAGAGCUGGACGAGGUGCUGAGUCACCUGGAGGUGCUCUUCUCUCUUAGUUACGUUCCCCGUGUGCUUUUCAUACUGGGAAGCUCUGGGAUUCCCACAGAGUUGUACGAGAUCAACAUGGAGGCUUUGGUGCAGGGAGGCAGUGACAGGUGUUUGAGAACUUCCCUGUGUUUGAGGCGGCUGUUUCGCACCCUCUUCGUGGCGGAUUUGCUUUCUGACGUUAAACCAGUGCGCCUCAUGGGCACCACAGUCCUAUUGCUCGCCCAUCGGGACUGCGGCGUCGAAUGGUUCAAGCCAAAAGUCGACUUCAAAGUCCCAACAAGGGGAAAGAGACAUGUGAUCUCGUUAGCCAGUGGCGCUACGGAAAGUGGCCAAACAAAGGUGGACGCUAGAGACUGGGACGAUUAUAUAUGGUUUCAAACACCUGUGACUAUUAAGGGUUUCUGUAAAUAACACGGCCUUAAAGGCAGAUAAAAAAAAGCAUGGUGCUGAAAUUUCAGGGACUGAUGUAGACCACACCUGAUAAACCUCAAAAUUGAGUGAGUUUCAUGGUUCAUUCAGGAAUUAUUUUUAUAAGGAAAUGCCGAUAAUUCACAUGUGGUGAUUGUUAUGAAGUUACAUUGAUGUGCUCCUCUUUCAGAAUUAUAGUAAACUUUUAUUAUGGAGAAACAUAACUUUAUUGAGACAGAACACAGAUCACAGAGAACGCAAAUUGUGUGAUCAACAGAAGAAUGCAAGACGAACGCAACACAAAACUAAAUUAUUUCAAUACCUUGAAGUUUUACUUUUAUACCACAGUUUUAUUUUAUACGCAAUCUCUACAACAAUUCUAUUACAUAUGUUUGAUGACAAACAAUAAAUUGUCUGAAGAUAA